AUGGCGGAUGGUGGUCUUGGAUUCUGGCAACCAUUCAAACUCCUCGCGAGAAGCCGUAAAAUCCAAUGGAGAUUUUUCCUUGGAGGUGCAUUAUUCUUUUGGCAGAACGCUUCUGGUAUCAAUGCUGUCAAUUAUUAUUCUCCAACUAUUUUCAAGAGUAUUGGCAUUAUUGGUACCAACACUUCACUAUUUUCGACCGGUCUAUUCGGUGUUGUCAAAACUGUCGGAACUAUCAUUUACUUGCUGUUCUUGAUUGAUCAAUUGGGUCGUAGGAAGCUAUUGAUGAUCGGAUCCAUCGGUGGAGCUUUGUGCAUGUACUACGUCGCUGGUUACAUUGCAAUUGCAAAACCUGCGGAUCAUCCAACAAGUUCCCUACCCCCUUCUGGUGUAUCUGCCGUAUUCUUUUUCUACUUGUGGACUGCAUUUUACACCCCAACCUGGAACCCAACACCCUGGGUAAUAAACGCCGAGAUCUUCGGCCAAAGUGUCCGAACGCUAGCUCAAGCACAUGCCGCUGCCCAUAAUUGGCUAUGGAAUUUCCUCAUCUCGAGAUUCACACCUCAAAUGUUCUCUUCAAUGGGAUAUGAAGUCUACUUGUUCUUCGCAUCAUUGAUGAUUUGGGGUGCGGCUUUCGUCUUCUUCUUGAUUCCUGAAACGAAGAACGUUCCUCUGGAGGCGGUUGAUAGACUCUUUCAGCGCGGUUUGCCGGCGAGAAGAGCGCAUGCAGUUGUAUAGGCGGAAUUGGAGCAGGAGGAAGAGGCAUUGAGAGCGGGAAUCACGGCGGGAUUGGAAAAAGAGAGGACUACUGCACAUGUCGAGAGUGUUUAAGAUGGAUGAGAUGCGAUGGGUUGGUGUCUAUUCGGAGCUAAUGACCAAUUCAUGGCUCGAUUGUUGCUGCAGUAGUGAGAAAUGAUAAUAUCAAAAGCUCUGCAUAUUCUUGCCACUGCAUCAA